AUGGACACGACUAAGGAGGAAGAUGUAGGACAAGAAAAUCGAACCGUGGUUUACCAAGGUGCUGUGGUUAUCCAAAGAGGGUGGAAAAGAAAGAAACGUUAUCUGACCUUGUUUGAUGACAUUUUGGUGAUAUUUGAUUCUCUUUAUAGAAAUAAGAAAUUUAAGAUAAAACAUGUCAUUCCAUUGGCUUACCUGUGGAUUGGUGAUGAAGUGGAUGCAUUCAGGUCAGACAACAUUGUUGCUUCCAAGUCCAUUUACCUAUACUGGCCAAUGGGACAUAUUGUUGCCACCUUUUGUUCCAUGGAACAGACUAUUUGGUGGUAUUUCUUUCUAAAAAGAUCCAUUCGUGAAGCCAAGAAACCCAACAAAAUUGAACUUCCCAUGCAGAUAUAUGAGGAUAUUGCAUGCUGUGACACUCCUCUGUAUGUAACAGCAACAAACUUUGAUAUGGUGAAUGACAUAAUCAGCAAGUUACUACCAAUGAUAAGAAAGCAUAACAUUGAAGAUUACCAACUGUGGUUCUGUCCUGGCCCUGGGAAAGCUCCAAGAGUACUCCAAGAGAAAGGACAAGAAUCAGAUCACAUAUUAGAAAUUCUACCUAAAGAAUCACACUGGUCCCUGAGGUGUAGGCUUGACAGUGAACAACACAGUGGCUGGAAUGAAGAAUACAUGCUUAUAACAGCAUCUGUCUUAAAGGGCUUCAGCAUGAACGAGUCCUUCCUGCACCCCAACAGCAGCCCUAGUGAACACCGCCGGGCUGAGCAAGGCAGCGGGUUGACCCGGACUCCCAGCUCCGAGGAGAUCAGCCCUUCAAAAUUUCCUGGAUUGUACCGGACUGUAGAGAGGACCAUGAUGUAUGACGGCAUCCGGCUGCCAGCUGUCUUCCGAGAGUGCGUGGACUACAUGGAGCAGCAUGGCAUGAAGUGUGAAGGCGUCUACCGAGUGUCAGGAGUCAAAUCAAAGGUAGAGGAGCAGCCUAUGACCCAGAGGAGUCUCCAAACUUGGAAGAAUAUGAACCCCACUGUAGCCAGCUUGCUGAAGCAGUAUUUGCGAGACCUUCCCGAGAAUUUGCUUACCAGAGAGCUUAUGCCCCGAUUUGAAGAGGCUUCUCAGAGGAUCACAGAGACGGAGAAAGAGAUAGAAACCAAGAUGAACAUCCAGAACAUCUCUCUAGUGCUGAGCCCAACUGUCCAGAUCAGCAAUCGGGUCCUGUAUGUGCUUUUCACACACGUGCAAGAGCUCUUUGGCACCGUGGUCCUGAAGCAAGAGAAUGAGAUCCUGACUGAGCAGGAGGAGCUCCUGGCCAUGGAGCAGUCUCUGCGCAGUCAGAUCGCCUCGGAGAAAGAAAAGGUCCACCGCCUCCGAGCUGAGAUUGCGGAGAUCCAGAGUCACCAGCAUGGCCGCAGCGAGACAGAGGAGCACUCUUCUGACAGCGAGUGUGAGAGCAAGGAUGAGGAGGAGCUGCAGAUCAUUCUGGAAGACUUACAGAGUCAGAAUGAAGAGUUAGAAAUAAAGAACAAUCGCUUGAAUCAAGCAGUGAUAGCAGCCAAAGAGCAGGUGAAGCCCUCGCCCAGCAAAGACCCGAAGGAGACGCAUCUGAACUGCCCCGGCCCUGUGCAUCAUAGUGUAAGCGAGAGUCCACUGCCUGUCCUGCCCGGCAGCGUUCUGGUGGGAACCAAACCAGGUCACUUCUGCGCCUGCCUUGUGGACGCUCGUGGUGUCACCAGCCCUGCAGGGUCCCUGGCCACUCUUGCUUGUGCCUUCCACACCUUUUGCUCCGGGUCUGUCAGUGUGAGUCAGGAUAACCCAGUUUGGUUGCAGACGGAGGUUAUCAUGCUGCCUGCCACCAGCCUGGGCGCGCAGGCCACCCACUCACUGCCAGGGAGCAGCAAGGGCCUCUUCUCAGAGGUGGCCCUGAGGUUGCACAGGACACUUCUCACACCAGAGUCCUUUUCCACACUGACCUUCCAGGAAAGUCACCUUCCACAUUGUGGAUCUCUAAUACUACAUCCUUAUCCCACACAGGACAUGUUAUCCAUAAUUGCAGGGAAAGGAAGAGAAUCAGAUCACAUAUUCGAAAUUCUACCUGAAAAUUCACACUGGUGCCUCAGAGAGAGGAUUGACAGUGAACAACUCAUUGAAUGGAUUAAAGAAUGCGUGCUUGUAAUAGCAUCUGUCUUGAAGGACUUCAUUGCAAACAUUGAAGGAAGUUUACUUACUUCUGACUUAUAAGAGAAUUGGCUUAGUGUCCCAGAUGAAGGAACCCUGGUUGGAAAAAAUAAUGCCAUCCAAAGACUUCUACUGAAGAUUCCUCAAGCAAACUUUAUCCUUCUAAAGCAUCUCAUGGUAAUAGUAAUAAUAAGAGACUCAUCCACGAAUAAUUUAGACACUAACAGGUUAUCUAUCCGGAUAGCUCCUUAUGUUUUGUGGGAUCAGAUUACAAAGGACGCAUGGUUUGGGAGUGAUGUAUCAAGAAAGAUGUCCAUUAUACAAAUCAUGAUCGACAACUAUCAUUGAAUAUUUGGAAAUGAUAAUAUAUUUUAUAAAUGUAUUGACAGAAGAUCUGAGGAUUUAAAGACUUCUGCAGAUUCAAUAAAUUCUUCUGGCAAAUGACCUAUUAUGAAAGAAUUCCUAGCUGGCCCCAACAAGAAAACAUAUGAUAAUGGUGAAAAAUUAAAAAUUUCAUCCAUUCCUCUGAAGGAGGAAGGUCCUACAGGACAGAACAGAACAACUACCACAUAUAAGUGGUAG